CAGAGAGGGGUAGAGAGUUAAGACCACGCUUGAAAGAAGCGAAAGUAGAAAGUGAGAGAGAGGGAGAAGAAAAAAAAUAGAAACUCUCUGGAGCCAGAGGUAGAGAGAAAAAAACAAGGAAACAAGUUUGAGUUUGGUGGGUUUAAUUUCGAUUUGCUCGAAAGAAGUGAGAAUUUUAAAGAAUCAAGCUUCUGGGUUUUUUCUCCCAAUUCACGGAUUUUGCCUUACUGGGUCUUUGAGUAUCUCGUCGUCUGUUGAGGCUUUUUAAAGGGAAGAGUGAAAACACACAACGUUUGAAAGAGAAAGAGAAGACCUCUCUCCUUGGUUCUGUUUUUCUGUUGUUUGAAAGAAGAGAAAUUACAAAAAUGGAGUGGAGUGCUUGUUCGGAUGAAUACGAGAAGCUUGUUAUAAGGAUGACCACUCCCAGGGUCGUCAUCGACAAUGCCGUUUCCUCUAAAGCGACUGUUGUCAAGGUUGAUAGUGCUAGAAAACAUAGAAUCUUACUCGAAGCUGUUCAAGUCCUCACGGAUCUGAACCUUUCUAUAAAGAAGGCUUACAUUUCUUCCGAUGGACGCUGGUUCAUGGAUGUUUUUCAUGUGACUGAUCUAAACGGAAAUAAGUUAACUGACGAGAGUGUUAUUAACUACAUUGAGCAGUCACUUGGUACCAUUCAUCCUGGGAAAACAACCGGUUCUAACGGUCUAACAGCAUUAGAACUAACUGGUACCGACCGGAUUGGCCUUCUUUCAGAGGUAUUUGCAGUACUAGCUGACCUACAAUGCAGUGUGGUCGAUGCUAAAGUCUGGACUCACAAUGGUCGGAUUGCAUCACUGAUGUAUGUGAAAGAUUGCAAUUCAGGUUCACCAAUUGAGGACACACAGCAUAUUGAUAGAAUAGAGGCACGUUUAAGGAAUGUUCUUAAGGGAGACAAUGAUAUCAGGAGCGCGAAAACCAUGGUAUCAAUGGCCGUCACACAUACGGAGAGAAGGUUGCAUCAAGUGAUGUUUGCUGAUAGGGACUAUGAGAGAAAGCCUAUUUUGCAGCCUAGUGGUGAUUCUCCGGUAGUGACGGUGCAAAAUUGGGUGGAGAGAGGUUAUUCGGUUGUGAAUGUUCAGUGCAAGGACAGAACAAAGCUUUUGUUUGAUGUUGUUUGCACGUUGACAGACAUGGAAUACAUUGUGUUUCAUGCGACUAUCAACACAGCAGGAGACAGAGCAUACCUGGAAUUCUACAUCAGGCACACUGAUGGAACCCCAAUUAGUUCAGAGCCCGAGAGGCAACGUGUAAUUCAGUGCUUACAAGCUGCGGUUGAAAGAAGAGCAUCCGAGGGUGUGAGGCUAGAAUUAUGUACACCUGAUAGGCAGGGCCUUUUAGCUGAUGUGACGAGAACAUUUAGAGAGAAUGGUCUUAAUGUGACAAGGGCUGAGAUAUCCACAGCAGGAGACAUGGCUCUAAAUGUAUUUUAUGUAACGGAUGCAGUAGGUAACCCGGCUGAUCCUAAACUAAUCGAAUCGGUCCGACAAAAGAUUGGAGUGAGUAAUUUGAAAGUGAAGGAAUUGCCACCAUUGAUUUACCAUCAAGAGGCAGAAAGGGAAGAUCAAACGGCAGGGGUUGCUGGGACGGUGUUGUUAUCACUUGGAAGCCUAGUGAAAAAGAAUUUAUACCAUUUGGGAUUGAUCAGAUCAUAUUCUUAAAAAAGUGGAGGGCAUGAAAAGACAAAUUGGUGUUAGGCAAGGGAUACAUUGUUCACUGCUGCUGGCCAUAUUAUUUGCUCCAGGUUUGGGCUUGUGUUGUGUACAUAUGGAAAAGGCGGAGGAGGGAUUUGGUGAUAUUAGAGUAGGGCAUGAUUGGUUGAAUUGACAGAAUACAGAUCGGAGGCCGCUUCACCAUAUGCUUUUGAAGAACAGAUGGAAAGUAAAAGGUGCUGGUGGAGGGUUUGUGGUAAAUAGAUAGAGGUUUGUUGAGGGAGUAAGUGAGGUUAGAUCGAAUAUCAAUAAUGGCUUCAAAUACCGCUCACAGGUGUACAUAUAACGCGACCCCUUUAAUAUAUUAGUUUUAAUGGUUGACUUUAUUCUUUA